AUGAAGAUAUCUCAUGCUCUCGCCGAGAUUGUCUCUGAAUUCUCAGAAUUCCAACACGUUCAUUUGUCUGCUUCAUCUUUCUCAAUUUCCACCACACCAGCCGUUUCAAGAAAAAUAUCAUCUACUGAUGCUACCCGUCAUUCUCUAAAUAUUACCGUGGGAGCAGCCGAAGUGAGCCAGAUUACGAGAAACAAUAGUUCCAGCAGUCUCAACGAUUUCAACUGCGCUCAAAGAAAAAACUCAUCUGCAUCGCAUCUUGUCAUCGAAUAA